AACACGUCUUUACAUGAGGAUGCUAUAAAUGAUACUUCAGACUUGAGUGAAAUGAAAAUUUCAGAUGACAAAGGACCUGCUGAAAAAAGAACAAUGACUGUGAUUGGGAAGAAUGGCUAUCCCGACCCCGUGUACAUAAACGCAGCUAAGAUUUUCCAAGGCAUUCGUACUGAAAAGCCCAAGGAUAGAAUAUUGGUGCGAUAUGGUGAUGACUCAGGAUCUCCCAUGCGGACUCUUAAAGAUGAGUAUUCUCAGCGUGUAUCUUAUGAACUGGCCUUCAGUGCUCUAAAAUAUCAAGAUCUUCUUGAAGAAAUAUUAUUAGAUAGUUGUGCAUAUCCAUGCCUGUCAAUACCAGAUGAAUUAACCAGCUUGCUGCUUGUGAUGCUUUAUGACCUACAAGACCGAAAGUUUGAAGCACGAGAGAUAUUUGAUGAAGAAGAACCUGUAGUUCGGAAAAUAGAGCGUUACUUAUACAGUUUUAGGACCAAAUUAGCAGCUGCACUAGCAAGAUGUCGCAUCAAAAACGAUGCUAUUUCAAUUGAGUACUUUCUGCCAGAAACUGUACGGAAGCAGGAACAAAAUGCUCCUUCUUUACCUUUAUAUGUUUGGAUAAACACAUGUAAAAUUGGCCUUCAAGAUGUUUUCAUAGAUUUGAAGGAGAAGGGAUUCACAAGAGUUGAAUCUGUGUCGUGCUUGGACGGUUACACGUACUGUAUGGACCAACAUUGCCAUGAUGUAGUGGUUUUCCCUUCCUCUCUUAAAGAAGAACUGCUUCAUUUAGAUCUUUUUGCAGACUGCAAACUCUUACUGCAGGAUAAGUCUCGCAGCCUCGCUGUACACUCUGCACAGGCACUGCUGAAUGGGGACGAGGACAUUAUAGUGGCUCACGCAGGUUCCCAUCUGACCAUUGCCCAUAUGUCUGCGCUGACAGUUCACAAGAGGUGCAGUGUUUUUGUUUGUGGCGUCAAAACUUCAGAUAAAGCAGCUGAACUGAGGAACUUGUUCGAUCACAUGGGAUGUAAAAAUAUUCGGUUGUUGCAUGAAGACUUUACUGAGAUUGAACCAACAGACCCGAGACUUCAAAUGGCAAAAGUUAUUUUGAUGCUACCGCGAUGCUCUGCGCUGGGUGUUGGCAAUCCAGUAGACUUCAUUUUAAAUGAACAUAAAGAUGCAGGAUUGCUGAAGGACUUUCUCCAAGGAUCAGUAUCUGAGGAUAAACUCCGUGUUCUUGCUGAGCGGCAGCUUAAUGAGUUGAUGCACGCAAUGAAGUUUAAAGUACAAUCUAUUGUUUACUGCACUUGUUCACUUUACCCAGAAGAAAAUGAACUAGUAGUGAAAAAAGCACUGAAAUCUGAAGUGGAAGGAAAUAAAGUACAACCAUAUAGGCUUAUUCCUCCUGCCUUUUGUAUUUGCUCCAAUUCAGAGGCCUCCACUGAUUUUUUUUUCAAAAUGGAGCCAUCAAAAUUUUCCAGUGGCUGUUUUCUAGCUAUUCUACAAAGAGAGGAAGAUCCUUCUGAAGGUGUGUCUGUGAAAGAUGUUUUGACUCGUGCUGCAGCAAAAGGACUACUAGAUGGCAUUGUGGGAAAAUCGAAGCAAGAGAAGAAAAAGCAGAAAGUAACACAACACAGACGUAAUAUUAGUGGCAUAAAGCCAAAGACUGCAGAGUUCCUUCACCAUCGUAAAGCUGAGGUUUCUGUGUCUAAAGCAGUUGGUGAUAAACAGCAAAAGAAUGUGAACCAGCCAAACAGGUACGUUCAGCUGAAGAAAUCUGUCGAUCCAGACACGGCUCUGCCUAAAGAGCUGAAGCACACAUCCCUCUUGUCACCAACGGGCAAGGUGCAGCAUCCAAGACAGACGCUUGUUAGAAAGGCACGCGCAGAUCGCAAGAGGCUCGUAUUGAAGACCGUGGAAAUUGUUUUUCCUCCGGUGGUACCAGCAGGCCAAACUGCACAAGGAAGCAAACCCAGGACAUCAACUCAUCCGUGCUUUCAUGGCUGGACUGGAGCAAAGGGUUCAAGCGACAGGAUACUUCCACCACCUCUGCCUAAAGUGGUCAAGCCACACUUCACCAUCCUCAGCCACAGCCGUAAGAAGUUUCAGACUUUGCCCUAA